AUGAAUUUGGAACUACUUGCAUCAUUCGGCGAUCACGUUUCCCUAACACAGUUCAAAGCCGAUGACACUAUUUCCGUUCUCGCAUUCAGCCAGAACGGCCAAUUUCUAGCCUCUGGCGAUCAAGCUGGAAGAGUUGUUAUUUUUCAAUUACAGCCACCACGAAAUGCGAACGGAAAGACAGUUGUCUCCUUUGUAAACCAAGUACACGCUCACAAAAAUCAAUUCGAUUAUUUCAGAUCAGAGUUAGCCGAACCAAAAAUUAAUUCUCUCAGCUGGGUUAAGUCCAAUUCAUUGAAUCCACUCCUUCUCACGUGCAACAGCCAUGAAGCAAAAUUGUGGCGUAUGAACCAAGCCGCUAAGCCCACCUGGGGCCCACUUGACACAACACUUUCAGCAGAUCAGUUCACUCUUCCAUCUCCACGACAGAUUGAAAUCAAGUACACGACAGAGCAUGUCAAGACAUUCACCGACAUUCAUACAGAAUAUUUAAUCGACGUACAGACUCUUUCUGAUCAGAAAUCAUUUGUCAUGGUUGAUGUUGGCUGCGUUAAGUUGUGGGACAUGGAGCGGUCCGUUGAAUCUGUCAGUCUUUUCCGUGUACCACAGCAAAAUGUCGAACUUACUGCUUCAGCAGUUACUCCGACACUUCCAUCCGCAAUUCUUAUUGCCGACGAUGCUGGCUUUGCCAAGAUCAUCGACAUGAGACAGCAAGCGGAGGAUCCUUCUCCAUCACUCACAUUCAACAUUAAACAACAUACAAAUCCAAAGCGCAGUGUCUCCGGUUGCGAGUACGUUGGAAGCGUUGCUUUCUCAAACGAUGGCAUCAACAUCGUUACUCGUACAUUCGGCGAGGCACAGGUUUGGGAUGUACGCAAUCCAUCAGCUCCAGCAGCACAAUGCGACGUCCAAUGGUUCCCAGGACAAAUGGAAUGGCUCGCGAACGAUGAAUAUACAAAGGAUAUCUUCAGAACAUGCUUCACACCAAGUGGUAAGGUCGUUACAGGAAAUUAUUCUGCCGAUUUCAUAUCAUGGGACUGGAAGACGAACGAAAUCAAUCGACACAAGGCAGUCUCUGCAAGGACUCCUCGUACUCCUCAGGAUCCAGGCAGAGACUUCUCAAAGCGAGUUACUGUUUGUGAAGCUCACCCUCGCCAUGAAAUUGUAGCAGUUGUUUCAACAGCAGCUUUAUACUUAUUUAAUGCUAAGAACGAGUGA